UUUCAAUCCAUCACCAUCUCGACUUCAGGAACAAAUAUUCUACAGGUCCCGCAUGCUGAAUACAGUUUUCUAUUACUGUAUAUCCCGCACUCACCGGUCUCCGGCCGGACUUUAGCGUCAAAAAUACCUCAUGAACGAGCACCCUUUCAUUCUUGAACACAUCAUGAUUGAGAAUGUAUACGGGCACUAGCGCUGAUACAAUGUAUCAUCUAUAUUUUUGGCACGAUGCGCAGCUAUCACUGUCCCUCACCCGUCCCUUGAUUGUUAUCCCCGCAACCUGCUCUUCAAACAGUGUUUGGCCCUUCGCUCCACGCUGAGCCGGGAUCAGGCCCUUGCGGGUCGCAUUACCCAUUGGGCAGUUCUGGGCCAACUAACAGUAACAUUUGCAACAUAUAAAUCCUCAGGUGACCCUCUUCCGGACCGCCUACCCGCUGGGAAACCACAAAAAGAGGCAGACGCCUAAUUCUUGGUGCCCUUCUGUUCUUGAUCUUCUCAGACAUGGCUGGAGGUUCUACUGGAGAUUUUCCGUUGUCCGCACGUCGUCGCAAGGCUCUCGCGGGAGCUUCCGGAUGGGCAGGGCUUGUGCACAAUCGUAAAGUGUUUUUGAUCGCAGUCUUUGCCUCUCUAGGAGGACUGCUCUAUGGAUAUAAUCAAGGUGUCUUUUCCGGAGUACUUGGAAUGUCCACAUUCGAUCAGCGGAUGGGUACUGCUGUCUCUGACACGAAGCAGAAAGGAUGGCUGGUCGCUAUACUGGAGUUGGGAGCUUGGGUUGGCGUUCUAAUGACAGGUUAUCUCGCUGACAAGCUAUCCCGCAAGUACACCAUAUUUUUGGCCGUUGUCGUCUUUUGUGUAGGGGUUAUCGUCCAGACUGCAGCCAUGAAACCCUCCUCUAUCUACGGUGGUAGAUUUGUGACUGGUCUUGGCGUUGGUUCUACCAGUAUGGCAGUCCCGCUCUAUAAUGCAGAGCUCGCACCUCCAGAGGUACGGGGGAGCUUGGUGGCACUCCAGCAGCUAGCUAUUACAUUCGGGAUCAUGAUCUCCUUCUGGAUCGAUUAUGGAACAAAUUAUAUUGGCGGCACUGGUGCAGGACAAAGUGAGGCCGCCUGGCGAAUUCCACUGGCGCUUCAACUAGCACCUGCGAUCAUACUCGGAUGUGGGAUCCUCUUCAUGCCAUUCUCACCUAGAUGGCUGGUCAACCAAGAACGAGAUGAUGAGGCCCUUACGGUGCUCAGCAAUCUUCGGUCGCUUCCCAAGGACGAUGACCUCGUGCGUAUCGAGUUCCUCGAAAUUAAAGCGCAAUACUUGUUCGAGAAAGAAAUCUCUGAAACCCAGUUUCCUCAAUAUCAAGAUCCGUCAUUUGCAUCCCAAUUUAAGCUGGGCCUACACAGUUAUCUAAGCUUGAUCCUUGAUCGGAAUUUACUUUGGCGUGUCGCUGUCGGCUCACUAACGAUGUUUUUUCAACAAUGGACCGGCGUCAACGCUGUUUUAUAUUAUGCGCCUAGCAUCUUCGAAUCUCUAGGUCUAACAGGGAACACUAUAUCUCUUCUCGCAACAGGUGUGGUUGGCAUCGCGAUGUUUUUGGCGACAAUUCCAGCAGUCUUGUUCAUUGAUCAGCUUGGACGGAAGCCAGUACUUGUCUCCGGGGCCUUUCUCAUGGCCACAUGUCAUUUCGUCGUCGCUAUUUUGACGAGUAGGUUCCACGAUACCUGGCCGAGCCAUGUAGCUGCCGGAUGGGUGGCUUGUGUCUUCGUUUGGAUUUUCGCCAUGGCCUUUGGUUAUAGCUGGGGUCCUUGUGGCUGGAUUAUCGUUUCAGAGAUAUUCCCUCUGAGUGUUCGAGGCAAAGGCCUGUCCAUUGCUGCCUCCUCGAAUUGGAUGAACAACUUCAUAGUCGGUCAAGUUACGCCGUCGAUGUUGCAGCACAUAGGAUAUGGGACUUUUGUUUUCUUUGGAAUUUUCUCGUUCCUAGGAGGCUGCUUCAUUCUGUUCCUGGUCCCAGAGACAAAGGGAGUAAGUUUGGAAGAAAUGGAAGAAUUGUUUGGGAACACAACCAAUUUGGCCACAGAGGAUCUUCGCCGUCUUGAAGAUAUCCAUAGACGCCUUGGCUUGAUCACUGGAACUUUAGAUGAGAAACAUGAUGAGGAAAAUGGGAAGGUGUCUCAUGAAGAGAAGGUUGGGGAGUAGACGACAUAUAAGAUUACGGUGACGCUCCGUUUCACGUUGUACUAUUGAGAAUUGAUAUACAUGAUACACUAUUCAUCAAAAUACGUGCCUGACAUUGCUUCAUUGAGUAUGAUUGAAG